UUCUUCCUCUCCCUCCUCCUCUCUCUCCCGACAGGAAGCCUCGAAGCAGGAGAACAUCCACUUUGCUACCCCUAAUCUUCUGGGAUCUCCAAACAAGCCUGGCGUAAUUGUCCAGGGCCCCUGGCUUGUCUUGUUCAAGAUCUCGGCCAUCGCAAGGGCCGGAGAAUCGGUUUUGAUGGAUUUACCUGCCCGGCCUCUGAAGGAUGCAGAAAGGAGGAAGGAGAGAGCCAAGCAGGCCAGUGGCCCAAAGAGCAUCCCGGCCGCCAGCCACGCCGCCAACGCCGCCCAAUGUCCUGGGGAAGACGCGAAAUCGUUCCUGUGUGAUGAACAGCUGCUCCGACAUGUCGAGGACCUUACCAAAGUGAAUCCCGUAACUGCCACAACGGUCCUGAAGUGCCUCGAACUGCGAUACGCCGCCGAGGUCUUCUACACCAACGCCGGCUGCAGCCUGGUGGCCGUCAACCCCUUCCGCCUGGUCCCGCAACUCUACUCUCCGGAGCUGAUGAAGGAGUACCACACCGCCGCCCGCCUUCAGGAGUUAAAACCUCACAUAUUUGUGGCAGCAGAGGAAACGUACAGGAAUGUUGAAAGCCGGAUUCCUCCAGUGAACCAGUCCAUUAUUGUGAGUGGUGAAAGCGGAGCUGGGAAGACAUGGACAUCGCGUUGCUUGAUGAGGUUUUAUGCUACUGUUGCCGCUUCAGCCACCAUUCCCAAAGGCAGCGUCGCUGUGGAAAGGAUAGAGAAGAGGGUGCUGGACUCCAACCCGGUGAUGGAGGCCUUUGGAAACGCGUGCACGCUGAGGAACAGCAACAGCAGCCGUUUCGGGAAAUACAUCCAGCUUCAGCUGAACCGAUCGCAGCUGCUAACGAGUGCUUCCAUUCAGACAUUCCUGCUGGAGAAAACAAGGGUUGCCUACCAAGCCCCCCACGAAAGAAACUUCCAUAUCUUUUACCAGAUUGCAAAGGGUGCCACCCAAGAGCAGAGACUUGAGUGGGAUCUUCCAGAAGAUCUUACGUUCUCCUGGCUGCCGAAUUCCGAAAAGGCCCUGGAAGCGGACCGCUUUGAAGUGGCACGAGAGGCGAUGUCCCACUUGGGUAUCGAGGAUUCCACCCAGAAUAAUGUUUUCAAGAUACUGGCAGGGCUUCUCCACCUGGGCAACAUCAGGUACCUGGAAUCGGAGGACGAAUCACAGCCUUGCGGACUAGAAGGUGGCACCAGAGAUUUCGCCAAGACCGCUGCAAGGUUGCUACAAGUGCCCGUGGAGGAGCUGCUGGACACGCUGAGGAUCCGGACCAUAACGGCCGGGAAGCAGCGGCAGGUGUUCAAGAAGGCCUGUCCCAAAGCGGAGUGUGAGACGAGGCGGGACUGCCUGGCCAAAGUGAUCUACGCCCAGCUGUUCGACUGGCUUGUGGCCGUGAUCAACGAAAGCAUCUCUGCAGAGCCGUCUGUGUGGGACCAUUUCAUAGGACUGCUGGAUGUUUAUGGCUUUGAAUCCUUUCCGGACAACCACCUGGAGCAGCUGUGCAUCAAUUACGCCAAUGAGAAACUCCAGCAGCAUUUUGUCGGCCAUUUCUUAAAGGCCCAGCAGGAGGAGUAUGCUGCGGAAGGUUUGGAGUGGUCUUUCAUUGACUACCGAGAUAACCAACGUGGCCUGGAUGCCAUCGAAGGCAGCCCUGUUAGCAUCUUCUCCCUGCUGAAUGAGGAAUGCCGCCUUAACAGGGCCUCCAGUGCCGGGCAGCUUCAAGCGCGGAUCGAGGCGGCGCUGGCCAGCAACCCGUGUGUUAGCAGGGACAGGCUGAGCAAGGAGGCGAACUUCAUCGUGGCCCAUUUUGCGGGCAGGGUCUGCUACCAGCUGGAGGGCAUGGUGGAAAAGAACAAGGACCCCGUGCCCCCAGAGCUGGUUCUCCUGCUGCAGCUUUCCCGGGAUCCCUUGCUUCAGGAGUUAUUUACAAGCCAAAAGGCAGACGAGGACACCACAAAGCCGCAGACGAAACCAGUGGUGGUUACGGUGGUCUCCAAAUUCAAGGGGUCUCUCGAACAGCUGAUGGGGCUCCUGCACAGCACCACACCCCACUACAUCCGCUGCCUCAAGCCCAACGCGCGCUGCGAGGCUGCCGUGUUCCGGAAGGACGAGGUCCUGCGUCAGCUGGAGGCGUGUGGCAUCGUGGAAGCCGUCAAUAUCAGUGCCGCCGGCUUUCCGGUCAGGUUGUCAUUUAGAAGCUUCCUAGAGCGUUACGCGUUGCUGAAGGGAUCGAGAAGGCCAGACUCAAAAGCCGCAUGCCGGGAAAAUGGCUUGUCUCACAUCAUGGAAAACGGCUGGACCACUCCUGCAUCAGCAGAAGAGGAAAGAGAUGCUUUUCGCUCUGCAGUCCAGGACAUCCUUUGGCACGUGUGUCCCAACACAGCCCCCCUCAACCCCACAGAGAGCACACCCUGUGCCACGCCGGCAUAUUGUGCCAAAACCAAAGUAUUCAUGACCAACUCCACGCUGGAAUUGCUGGAAGCCCGGCGAGCUGGUGCCUUAUCCCAGAAAGCCUUCUGCAUCCAGUGCUGCUGGCGACGGUUUAAGAGGCGGAAGGCGGCGAAGGAGAAGCGGUCUGCCACGGUCAUCCAGUCGGCUGUUCGCUCAUGGCUGGCCAGGAAACACUUCCAGAGGCUACGGAAAGCUGCUGUUGUCAUAAAAAGGGCAUGGAAGAAAUGGAAGGCUAAGAUGGGUGUGUUGGCUGCAGAAGAACUGGACGGUGUUGAUGGAAAGCUGCCCUCCUUUGCUGGGGCCACCGCUUCCUUCAGCCAGGCUCCCGGGGAAUCGGACAAAGCGUGGCCGCUAAACGCCAUCAUCCGGCUCUGGCCUCUCGGGCUGGUCCUCGCGAGUGCCCCCGUGAGGAUGACCGCGUCCCAGAGCCGCCUCGCCCUCCUGACGUGCCUCCAAGGCCUACCGAAGGGCGACUUCUGCAAAGCAGGGGCCAGGCUGCCCCGAGAUGGCAUCGCCUCCAUCCGAGCGCUCCCCCAGGGCUCCGUCAGGUUCCGCUGCAGGAGGUCCCCGCUGCUCCAUGCCGAGGUCAGGCCCCACUGCCGCAGCUGCACCCUCUCCGGAUUCAACCAGAUCCUCCUCGACGCCCGCCAGCUCCUCUCCGCUUGAAAAUGCACUUCACGGAGCCAAGUAUUUAUUGUACUUUUGUCUCCCUUUCUCUUUUUCUCCCAGCACAUUUGAACACUUGCUCCCUCUGGAAUCAUUCAGAGCUGCGUUCGCGAGCUGGUGGCUCCCGUAUGUCUUGGGCUACAGUUCCCACCAGCCCUGGCCAGUGCCCAGGGAUGUUGGGAGUUGUUGCCCUCACAUCCAGGAGACACCAGACUGCACAAUGUCACACAGCUUCCUGGACUACCAAGUGCAGCGGUGUGAGAAUAUUUGCCCCAGUUUCUGCAAACCACCAGUUCGGUGCUUUGUAAAUAAAAGGACAAGACGUUUCCAGAUA